CUACUCUCAGCUAUUCUCUCUCCUUCAAAUCCACACCAAUCUCUCUGCCAAUCUCUCGUACUCCUUCAUAUCCUAUUACAGUACACAACCAGUCACCAUGGACAACCUCGAGAGAAUUCCGCUUGCAUACGCUUCUUGUUCGAUAGGCACGAACCCCCCAAGCAGUGUCCCCGACCGUCUCGCCGCAAUUUCCGCCGCAGGCUUCCAAGCCAUCGAACUUAGCAUGCCCGACCUCGUCUCCUUCGCCAGCACCAACUUCAACAGCAACGACAUAAACGACCACUCCUUCUCCAAACUCGAAUCCGCCGCCCACGAACUCAAAAAGAUCCUCGAUGAGAACAAAUUGAAAGUCUUCAUGAUGCAACCCUUUGCAAACUUCGAAGGCUGGCCACGCGAUUCUCCGGAAUAUAAAGAUGCUUGGGAACGCGUGGAAGGCUGGUCCAAGAUUAUGAGCGCUGUGGAUUGUGAUAUGCUACAAGUCGGGUCCUCUGAUAGUCCUGAGGAGAAGAUCGGGAAGGAUCGGUCACGGUUUGUCAAAGAUUUGCAGGAGUUGGCGGAUCAUCUUGCACCUAGAGGACAGCGCAUCGCGUACGAGAAUUGGUGUUGGAGUACGCAUGCGCCUGAUUGGGAAGAUGUAUGGGACAUUUGUCAAAAAGUCGAUCGUGAGAAUUUUGGGUUGUGUUUGGAUACUUUCCAAUCAGCUGGAGGAGAGUGGGGAGAUCCGACUACGGAAUCUGGUAUGGUUGAGGAUGGGAAGCGGUCACAGGAAGAAGUUGAGAAAGAUUGGAAGGCUAGUUGUGAGAAGCUAGCGAAGACUAUCCCUAAAGAGAAGAUCUAUUUGUUACAGAUUAGUGAUGCUUAUAAAAUGGAGACGCCGUUGGAGAAGAAAGAGAUUGAUGGACUGAGGCCGAGAGGAAGGUGGAGUCAUGACUUUAGGCCUUUGCCAUUUGAAGGAUAUUUGCCUGUUGUGGAUUUCACGAAGGCGGUUCUGGAGACGGGAUUUCGAGGAUGGUUUUCGUACGAGAUAUUUGACGGGGGCAAGGAUGGGAAGUGGGAGAACAAGUACGAAUUGGGGCCGUUUGCGAAGAAGGCAAUGGCCUGUCAGAAGAAGCUGGUAGAUGCUGCCGUGAAGGCGGGUUGAGCGUUAUCAUGCUCUCGUGCAUGUCGAGUGGAUGGUGGCGACAACGUAGUAUGGUGUACUCGGAGAAAUGUGUUCACAACUGUGGACGUUUAGAGAAAGAUAUAUCUUUUCCGUACGCUCACCUUUCCAGACAACCGAUUGCUGAACACGGCGAAGCAAACAUGGCAACAGAACAUCCCGCAUUGGAAAGCUCUCAAGCAGGAGAUCUUCUCCUCGUCAUCUCUACAGGAC